AUGCGAUUAGGAGGAAAAGAAGAUGUUUUUGCCAUUAUGACCACCUUUUGCAUUCACUUGCAAAACGACCCACAGCUUGCCAAGUUUUACGGGACCUACAAAUUGGAAGACCUGAGACUGCUGAUGAUUGACUUUUUCAACGCUGCCCUGCUCAAGAUCUUCCCCCGAGGCUUUGAUCUGAAGCAACAUGUGGCCAUUACUCAAUAUCACCAAUUGUCCAGUGGAAUGGGUCCAGAAGAAUUUGAUUUGAUGAUUCAGGCCUUUCGAAAUGCCCUUUGCGAUGAACCAAUACCUGCUGAAGUGGUGGAAGACACGGUGGAAUAUAUUUCGACAUUGAGAGCCUUCUUUGAAGAUGAGAAAAUGCAAACGCGGGCCAAGAAGAUUGCCGAUUCCAUGGUACAAGACGAACCAGAAGAAGUGGAAGUUCAAAUUCACAAUGCAAGUCACAAUCAUGCAACUCCCAAGAUUAGAAGUUGGAGCAGAGGAUCAAAAGGCAGAAGGACGACGAGACAUCAACGGACUAGUAACAGCCCAUCACACAAUUCGGAGGAUAGAGGCCAAGUUAUUGCUCCUUCCGAGCCACGUAUACGACGUGCAAGGCGGGGUUCCCUACAAUACCGCAUCUCCUCUGUGAUUCCCAUUCGGAGGAUCUCGGUCCCGAAAGAAAACGACAGGGAUCCCGGUCCGUUGGUAAGAAAGAAAUCGUUGGACAAAGCAUCAUUGGACCGCAAGAACUCGGCAUCCGAAAGCAGCGAGGAAUCGUCUUUUACAGAUGGACAUGCAAAGAAUAUCGGCGGCGAACCAGCUUCUAGUCGGAGGGCAAGAAGCCGCAGUAAGCAAUCCAAUAGCAGCAAAAGUCCAAACAGGAACAAUACUCCAGAGAGUAGAAAACCACCAACUGGAUCUUUUUCCUUCUCCCAAGCCCAAGAUGCUGCUGCAGCCGAGCGACCGAUACGGCGCAUGCCAAGACGUGGUUCCUUGCAAUACCGCAUCCGAUCGGCCAUUCCUAUCAAACGGCUUUCAGUUCCAAAGGAAAAUGAUCAAGCACCCAUUAUCAAGCCAAAGAAGAAUAUUGUCUUGGAUCGCAAGGUCUCUUCUCUUUCAACCGACAGCCAUGAUCAAGUGGAAAAGAAUUCGUCAUCAUCCUCGCCAAAGAGAAUAAGGAGCGACAGUAAUGACUUGACGGCACAGCCGCAACGGCAACCAGAGCAACAAACGGAGCAACAACAACAAUCCGAACCAAGUGCCCGGCGCAGCAUGCCCAGACGGGGAUCGUUGCAAUAUCGCAUCCGAUCGGCCAUUCCUAUCAAACGUCUUUCCGUUCCAAAGGAAAAUGAUCAAGAUCCUGGUCCGAUGGUGCCAAAACGACCUGUCUUGACCAAAACGGCCGACAGCAAGAACCCUUCCGUGUCCAGUUUCAUGACCUCUUCGGUAUCCAGCAUGAAACCACGGGGUGCUUCUCCCCACCGUCGACUCUUUCAAAUGAUGCGUCGCAUGGGAAACAAGGACAAGACUGCUAGUGGCAGUAGUGUGAAUGGAUAUGCUAGUUCCUCGGACGAUGACAACAACUUUGUUUCCAAUGAGGAAUUGGAACAAGUGGAACAAGAGCAAUUUGAAGAAGAAUAUCCCAGUCUCAACACGAAGCCCAUGCCGGUACAACAGACGACCCCGGCAUUUGAGGAACACAAAACGAGAAACUUUGGACAUGGAGAUCGAAGUACAUCUUGGGAGAAGGCUUUAGUUUUAUGA